AUGCCAGUUCUUGAAAGGUGGUAUUCAGGAUCAAAUGGGGAAUUACAAGUGAACUCACUGCUCCGCAGAAAGCCGAAAAAGGCUAAAGUAAAAGCAGCCCAGAGCAUCACAUUGUCUAUAGAAUCUGUAAACUGGGGACGUAGUGCACAAUGAAGACAUGCGAGUUCUUUAAAAGUGAUGGGCCGACGAUCUCUAGUUUUUUCACUCUUCAGGCAUUUCAGACCUUUCAGACAUUUUUCUAACAGUUGCAUGGUGCCCAUAUGGAAUGGCACUUGGAAAAUGACAUGCAGAUAAGACACGUUGGCUAGAUACAUUUUGACAGUUGCAUAAGAAAAUUAUUGGGAUAAAUGCCCAGCAAAGUAAAGUAAUUUCAGUCUCAGGUGAACAAGGUGUCAUGAACCCUUUUUUGAGACAAAAAGAAAUAAACCGUUUAAUACCGGCUGCGUAUGUUUGUUUUGUUGAAGUUGCCCAAGAAUGUUGAAUUAGUUGAUAGUACGGUCUUUUAGGUUUGAAUAAUUGAUGACGGGAUGACACAAGGCAGAGGAGAGGCCAACAGCGCUAAUUGCUUGAAGCGGUCCAUCUGAAAACGAGAGAGCGAAUCAGCAAUGCCAUUGUCGAUUCCGCGCACAUGUUUAGCUGUAAACGUAAAAUUAUUUGUUAGCAUACAAAGGACAAUUGGUCGCAGUAAAUGUAUGUUGUAGUCUAUCCGUCUUGUCCAAACCAGUGAGUCCAAACUCUGUCUGCAGUGUGUACUGUAUAAAGACUCUGCUCACUUCAUACUAAAUAAUGACGUGUGGGCAAAAUUUGCUUUGCUCUGUCUAUUUGCCUGUGUUGGUGUUCGCUGGAUACAUGUUCAGCAAUUACAACCAGAACAGAACCUCACUAACGUGUUUGUCAUCAAACUGGUGUAGUUUGGUUGCAGAUUAUAGUGCAUUUUGCUGCAAAAAUCAGUGUUUUGUGGUUUACUCAGAGCCGGUUUCGCAAUAUUCAAGUCACGGUUCUUGGUCCUUACACAAUGGCUUAAACAUUCAUUGGUGGUAUGUCAGCAAUUACAACUAGAACAGAACCUCACUAACGUGUUCGUCAUCAAACUGGUGUAGUUUGGUUGCAGAUUAUGGUGUAUUUUGCUGCAAAAAUCAGUGUUCUGUGGUUUAUUCAGAGCUGGUUUCGCAAUAUUCAAGUCACGGUUCUUGGUCCUUACACAAUGGCUUAAACAUUCAUUGGUGGUAUGUAUUGUCUCCAUUGUGUUGGAAUUCAAACAAAUUUAAACACCCAAGACGUGUUAAAAACAGGCGACAUAAACAUCCAUGUACUUAUUAUUCAAAUUCAACGGCAACAUUUCAUCUAUUACUACAAGGCGAUCUUGUGUUUAAACUAAAUCCCGGUCCAGAAGAAUAUCAAAUUAGUUCAAUAGUAUCAUCUCGUUUGAAUACUCAUCAGCAUAUGUCAACAGAUCGGAAUCGAAAUCUGGAUAAUCUAUGUAAUAUUAGGUGCUUGCCGUAUAACUGGACGUCAACAACGAAUAUAUUGUCACUGUGUCUCCUCAACACCAGCUCAAUAAGAAAUAAGAUUGUGGAGCUUACAGAUUUUGUAUGUGACCGCAAGCCAGAUUUGCUUGCUGUUACUGAAACAUGGCUUGGCGUCAACGAUUGUGCAGUGAGAGCUCAAAUCUGUCCUACUGGUUAUAAGUUUGCCGAUCAUGGGCGAGAUUCGCGUCGCGGUGGGGGAACUGGUCUAUUCUAUCGAGACUCACUUAAUGUCAUCAAAGUUGAGGCGGCCGAGCUGCAUUCCUUCGAGUAUUCCGAAUGGAUAAUAAACAUUGGAUCUCAGCGAACUCGUCUAGUUAUUAUUUAUAGACCACCAUACUCUGCAGCCCAUCCUGUUACAGUUUCCACGUUUCUCUGUGAGUUUGCUGGUAUGUUGGAGUCUCUAGUUCUCAGUAUUGAGCCACUGCUGAUUACUGGCGACUUCAAUAUACAUGUAAACUGUGCAGAUGACCCAGACACUGUGGGCUUGCUGACGUUGCUCGAGAGCACAGGUCUUGAACAACAUGUGAAAGUUCCCACUCACAUCAACGGUAACUCUCUAGAUCUGAUUAUAUCUAGACAGAGUGACAGUAUUAUAGAUGCAGCGCCUUGGACUGAUUCUUUGUUCUCAGACCAUAUGCCUGUUUUCUGUUCUCUUAAGUUGGAUAAACCCUCCUUCACAAAGUCUCGUAUCUCCUACAGAAAGCUGAAAUCCAUAGAUACUGAAUGCUUGAGAAAAGAUCUGUCACAAACAUCUCUCUGCAAGGACCUCGAUAACAUGGAACUCGCUGCUCUUGUCAUGUGCUACAACGAGACUCUAACCUCAACCUUAGAUCAUCAUGCACCUUUAAUUACAAAAACAAUUGUCAAAAGACCCAUUGUCCCAUGGUUUACUGACGAAGUUAAGGCUGUCAAACGUCAACGAAGGAUCGCUGAGAAGAAAUGGCGUCGGACAAAAUUGCAGUGUGACUUUCUUGCUUACAAAGCAAAGAGGAACUAUGCAACAUUUGUUAUGAGAAGAGCGCGCCGUCAUUUUUAUACUAACUUUAUAGCGGAAAACAGUAACGAUCAGGGUAAACUCUUCCGAGCCGCAAAGUCGCUUUUUGUUCAGAAAUCAGAAUUGACGUUUCCUGACUAUCGUAAUUCUUCUGCCCUAGUCAAUGAUAUUGGAGAGUACUUUGUGCGCAAGAUCGACCGUGUACGCUCUGAACUUGACUCUGUUAAUCCUACUGAAGACUCUACCUCGUGUACUGUCUCACACUCCGUCACCCCCAUUGAUAGUUUUAACAAACUUGAUAAGAAAGAUGUGAGGGAACUUAUCGCUGAAUCAAGUAAGAAGUCGUGCUCUUUAGACCCCAUGCCCACACCCCUGGUAUUAGAGUGCUCGGAUGUUCUUCUCCCCAGCAUCACGAGGAUGAUCAAUCUGUCACUUGAGGUGGGGACAUUCCCAGAACCCUGGAAGUUGGCCGAUGUCCAUCCGCGCCUCAAGAAGCCUGGUGUUGAAUCUGCAUUUAUGAACUUGCGUCCGAUAAGCAAUUUAACAUUUGUCUCUAAACUUACGGAAAGAGCUGCAUUUAACCAAAUUAAUCAACACUGUUUGGAAAACAACCUUUAUCCAAAGAAUCAGUCCUCCUAUCGUAAGCUUCACAGUACCGAAACCGCUCUUCUUCGAGUAAAGAACGAUAUACUGACUAGCAUGAACAAACAGCAUGUCGUAUUACUUGUAUUGUUAGAUUUGAGCUCGGCCUUUGACACUGUCGAUCACACUAUCCUCCUUAAUCGACUCAAUUCAACUUUUGGUAUUACGGGCUCUGCUCACAAGUGGUUUAAUUCAUACCUUACCAGGCGCAGCCAAUUUGUUACGGUAAAUGGAGCAACGUCAAAGACAUUUGAUUUGCAGUACGGGGUACCGCAAGGUUCAUGUCUGGGUCCUCUGCUCUUUAUUUUAUACGCAAGCAGAUUAUUUGAUAUACUUGAAAGUCACCUCCCCAAUUCUCACAUGUACGCAGAUGACACACAACUCUACCUCGCAUUUAAACCCGACGAUGCCAUGAAUCAAAUCACUGCCGUUACAGCAAUGCAGAAUGCUAUUGAUGACAUUAAGAAAUGGAUGUUCGCUGACAAACUCAAAUUAAAUGAUGGGAAGUCCGAGUUCAUGAUUAUAGGCACAAGACAACAACUGGCCAAAGUCAGUGUUGACACCCUUCGAGUAGGCAACGUUCAACUAACACCACUUAGUGAAGCUCGCAAUCUGGGUUGCUGGUUUGACUCGCAACUUAGCAUGGUGACUCAUAUACAUAAAGUUUGCAAAGCUGCAUUCUACCAUCUAUAUAAUCUGAGGAAAAUUCGGAAAUUUCUGGACAAUGAAAGCAUAAAGACUUUGGUCAAUGCCUUAAUAACAAGCCGCUUAGACUAUUGCAAUAGCCUGUUGUUUGGGACACCUGCUACUCACUUACUGAAAUUACAGAGAGUACAAAAUACUGCUGCCCGGCUCAUCUGUAAUAUGUCACGAUUUGACCAUAUAACUCCCACAUUGAUACAUCUACAUUGGCUUCCAGUGAAAUUCAGGAUAGAUUUCAAGAUUCUACUAAUAACAUUCAAAGUUAUUCAUGGACUAGCUCCUGAGUAUCUACAUGAAUUGAUCUGUGUAAAAGCACCAUCUAGAUAUCAUCUCAGAUCGAAUGAUCAAUUAUUACUCUCACAGCCAAAGUUCAAAUCACUGAAAACUUUAGGCGAUCGUGUGUUUAUAUCAGCAGCGCCCAAUUUGUGGAACUCACUACCAAAUGUCACAGAAAAACAAUGCGUUUAGAUGUCCACUGGGAUCCCCAGAGACAGCAGGCAAGAUAAAUUGGAUAAAGUUCUUGCCAUGCGAUCGAAAUACCGGUUUUUUGGUUGA